CCAGUCGCCAAUCCGUCAAUCCUCUUUCACCUCCGAGGCUCCGACCAUUCCUAAACCCCUAAGCUAGGGUUUCCGCACCCAUGGCGACCACGCCGCCGCCGCCGGCGGAGAUUCUCGGCACGCUCGGCGACUUCACGUCGCGGGAGAACUGGGACAAGUUCUUCGCGCUCCGCGGCACGGGCGACAACUUCGAGUGGUACGCGGAGUGGCCGAACCUCCGGUCCCCGCUCCUCGCCCUCCUCGGGGACCGCGGCGCCGCGGGGGAGGCGGAUGCGGGGGCGGGGGCAGCGGCCCCGGAGAUCCUGGUGCCCGCGUGCGGGAGCUCGGCGCUCUCGGAGCGGCUCUACGACGCGGGGUUCCGCCGCAUCACCAACGUCGACUUCUCCCGCGUCGUCGUCGCCGACAUGCUCCGCCGCCACGCGCGCGCGCGGCCCGAGAUGCGCUGGCGCGUCAUGGACAUGACGGACAUGCAGUUUGCAGAUGGGUCAUUUGAUGUCAUUCUUGAUAAGGGAGGAUUGGAUGCUCUUAUGGAGCCAGGGGCUGGGACAAAACUUGGGACAAAAUAUCUUAAUGAGGCCAAGAGAGUUUUGAAAUCAGGAGGGAAGUUUGUGUGCCUUACCCUUGCAGAAUCUCAUGUUUUAGGGCUUCUUUUGUCUGAGUUCAGAUUUGGAUGGGAUAUGAGUAUUCAAGCUAUAGCUAGUGAAUCCUCUAAAAAAUCUGCCUUCCAGACAUUCAUGGUGGUCAUGGUAAAAGGGAAAAUGGGUGUAGUUCAAACAAUAAAAUCAUCGUUGGAUCAAUCUGCUGAAUACUGUAACAUGAAACAGGAAAAUGCGGUGAUUCGAGCUCUUGGAAACGAGAAUAUCAUCCGGGAGUCAUAUUCUUCUGGUGUUGAUGUGCUCCUCUCAUUGCGAGAUCUUCAGCUAGGAGCUAUAGGAGAUCUGAAAGUGAUUGUCCCAGGACGAAGGAGGCAGUUCAUUCUUGGUGAACCCGAAACUUCGCUCUAUUGCUACAAGGCUGUUUUAUUGGACGCCAAGAAGCAAACAGAAACAUUUGUAUAUCACUGUGGAGUUUUUAUUGUGCCUAAGGCUCGAGCUCAGGAAUGGCUAUUUGCUUCAGAAGAAGGACAGUGGCAUGUUGUUGAAAGUGCAAAGGCUGCCCGUCUAGUUAUGGUUUUCUUGGACAGCAGACAUGCAAAUAUCAACAUGGAUAUUAUUAAGAAAGAUUUGUCUCCACUUAUUAAGGAUCUAGAGCCUGGAAAUCCUGAAGAGGAGGCCCCUAUACCGUUCAUGAUGGCUGGUGAUGGUGUGAAACAAAGAGAUGUUCUGGAAGAGGCGACCUCAGAAAUAACUGGUCCAAUGGUUGUGGAAGAUGUUGUCUAUGAAAAUGCUGAUGGAGACCAAGGUUCCAUGCCUGAGAAAAUGUUCCGGCGCCUUGUUUUUGGAAGAAGUUCUGGCUUAGUGCAAUCUGAAGCGUUGCUAAUUAGAGAUCCUCACAGUGAUGAGACAGACAAAAAGAAUAAAAAUGCAUCUGCAACAUCUAAAAAGAGAAGGAACCAGAAAAAAGGAUCCAAGAACAGCCUGAGAAUUGACCAUAGCUUUCUUGGUAGCUCUUAUCACAGCAGUAUCAUAUCUGGGCUUUCUUUAGUUGCAUCUGCUCUGAGUGCCUCUUCUGCAUCUGGAGAAAAAGUCAGCACAACUGUUAUAGGUCUUGGUGCUGGUUGUUUCCCAAUGUUUCUCCGUGGAUGUCUCCCUUUUGUAGAUAUCGAGGUUGUGGAGUUGGACCCCUUGGUAGCUGAGCUAGCAAAGAAAUAUUUUGGUUUUUCAGUGGAUGAACAAUUAAAGGUGCAUUUGGGGGAUGGGAUCAAAUUCGUUGAAGACAGCGUUGCUGCAAACCAUUCUGCGUCAAAUGGCAGUGCCAGAAAUUCAAUCAAAAUUCUUGUCAUUGAUGUUGAUUCAUCCCACCUGAGCUCUGGGCUGUCUUGCCCGCCAGAAAACUUUGUUGAAGAUCCUUUCCUUCAGAAAGCAAAAGAGUUACUUUCAGAAGGCGGUCUUUUUAUCAUCAAUUUAGUCUCACGUUCUUCUUCAGUGAGGGAAAUGGUUGUUUCAAGGCUUAAAGUGGUCUUUGAACACCUGUACUCACUGCAACUUGAAGAAGACAUAAAUGAGGUUCUAUUUGCGUCCCCAAGCGAGAGAUACUUGGACAUCAAUAACCUUGACGCAGCAGUUGCCAAAUUGAAGGAUUUACUCAAAUUUCCAGUGGAUGUAGAAUCGGAUAUAAAGAAGUUGCAGAGACUCCGGUAACAGUCUCACCUGAUGCUGAACAACAUCCAUUUGCAUCCACCAGAUUUAGGAGACAUCUCAAGCUUUUACUCCCCAGAAUUAGGAUCGGAUUAGCUAGGCAUGCAUGUUUUCCCAUAUUUUUUCCUUGCCAAAUUUUGUGGGUAGAACAGUGCAUCUGUACAGAUUCACAGGAGGUGAGUGGGGAAGAUAGAAUGUGCAUGAUGAAUGGUCUCUGUUGGUUUACAAAUUUGGGCAAAUCUAUGAUAUGAAAGUUGGGUUGAUUUCCCAAGCCU